ACACUGUGAGAGCUUCAGCUCAGCUGUCACCGCCUACCGAGAAGGCGAGAAGAGAUCAGCGCCGCCGCCCGCCAAGUGGUUCACCGGGGAGGAGAGGACCCGUGCUGAAGGGGCCGGCCGUGCGCGGCGACCUCGUGAGCUCGCCCUCGUUGGUCGGCGCCGGAGCGGGGUCUUGCCGUCGUCGCAUCGCACGUGCGCGACGCCGACGCGGUGCCUGCUCCUGCUCGCUUUCCGUGCGGAACAACGGCGGCCUGCGCUCCUCGCCAGCCAACUCGCUCGUCGCGAGCGAGAGCUCCGAUUCUUUAGGCGGUCUCCUUCGCUGUCCUCCAUCCCCUGUGCAGAUCCGGUUCAUCCCGGUGACCAAUUUGGGCGCGCACGAGGUUCGAUUUCACCGGAGAAACGGCGGAAUGCUCCAUAACAUUGGACAUUUUGAGACUCGAUUGAGCUAAAGAAGGAAGCGCGCUUGCCGAGCAAAUGAGGAAGAAUUGGGGGCUCAGCUCCGGGCACGCGCGGCCGUUCGGUGACCGCCGGUGGCUGCUCCCCUUCCUCGCCAGUCUGCUCGUGACGGCCACGCUCCUACUCGCCGCCGCGUGCGGCCUCUUCUCGCCGCCCUACCCGAGCGGCGCCGGCGACGCGGCCCUGUUCGACGUCGUCUCCCUCGCCGACUGGGACGACGGCGGCGGCUCGUCGUCGGGCCGCGACGGCGCGCCCUCCGUCGAGGCGGGAAUCAAGAACCGGCUGCUGGAAGGUAACGCCGCCAGCGACAGCGACGACGACGACGACGACGAGAACCCCGAUGAUGCUGCAGUCAACUCUGACGACUCCGACGCCGAGCCGCCGCGGAUCGCGUACCUCCUCGAGGGCACCAAGGGCGACGGCCUGCGGAUGCGGCGGACGUUGCAGGCCAUCUACCACCCGCGCAACCAGUACAUCCUGCACCUCGACCUGGAGGCGCCGCCGCGGGAGCGGAUCGAUCUGGCUAUGUAUGUCAAGGGCGACCCCAUGUUCAGCCAGGUCGGAAAUGUGCGGGUCAUCGCCAAGGGAAACCUUGUCACCUACAAGGGGCCGACCAUGGUCGCCUGCACGCUUCACGCUGUAGCCAUUCUUCUCAAGGAGGGGCUCCAGUGGGACUGGUUCAUCAAUCUCAGCGCGUCGGAUUAUCCGCUCAUGACACAAGAUGAUAUACUUCAUGUCUUCUCUUCUUUGCCAAGAAAUCUUAAUUUUAUAGAGCACUUUCGGUUAUCUGGGUGGAAAGUUAAUAUAAGGGCGAAACCAAUUGUUCUGGACCCAGGGCUUUAUCUGUCAAAGAAAUUUGAUCUUACUAUGACUACUGAGCGGAGAGAAUUGCCAACAUCUUUCAAAUUAUAUACUGGUUCUGCUUGGAUAAUGCUCACAAAAUCCUUCCUUGAGUACUGUAUAUGGGGUUGGGAUAAUCUCCCACGAAACCUGCUGAUGUACUAUGUCAACUUCAUCUCCUCACCAGAAGGCUAUUUCCAAACUGUUAUCUGCAACUCUGAUGAUUUUCGGGGCACGGCAGUUGGUCAUGACCUUCACUACAUCGCUUGGGACUACCCUCCAAAGCAGCAUCCAUUGAUCCUCUCCAUGAAGGACUUCAACAAGAUGGUCAAGAGCGGCGCGCCAUUUGCACGGAAGUUUCCCAAGGAUGACAAGGUCCUGGACAAGAUAGACCGCGAGCUUUUGCACCGCUCAGAGGGCCGGUUCACCCCGGGAGCAUGGUGUGAUGGGAGCUCUGAAGGAGGGGCUGAUCCAUGUUUGUCUAGGGGUGAAGACUCUGUUUUCGAGCCUGGUCCUGGUGCUGAAAGGCUGCGAGGCCUGAUGAAGAAGGUGCUCUCAUGGGAUUACCGCAAUGGUAGCUGUUCCUCACUUGCUUAUGAUCAGACAAAGAGGGAUUGGUAUGUUCCUAAAAGUAAAGGAUAGUUCUGUGUCUUGCUAUGCUUUCUUGUAAAUGCAGCUCUUGACCCCUUCCAUGGAAAUGAACAAUACUGAGGAACACAACCUGUUGACCAAGAAAAAUAGGUGUAGUACUAUUCUUGCAUGUGAAAUAAGAUAAAAGCAGUUAUCUGACGGAAAUCACCUCGGCAGUCAGAAAUGCUGGAUCUUUCAUCGGUUCAAUGCCCCGCAUGUGCAAAACUAGAAAAUAACAUUGUUCUUCAGUUCUACUUGUGGUCAAGGUCUAACUUUCCACUUGUUUUUGUGCCUGAUCACAAUUUAAAUUGGAAGACCGGACAUGAAGUAUGCAAAAAAGACAGUCUGCCAGGAAUUUUUCCUAUCCUUGGACUGAAUCACAUGCUGCAUUCAGAAUAACCUUUUUUUUUUUUUCCUACCGGUGAUAAUUCUCUGUCUGCUAGGUAGCAUGAUUAAUAGCAUGUAUGUAUUCCCUAGAUGUUGAAAUGAAAUGUUUAACAGAUGAAGAUAUUCCCUUGCAAUGUUAUCCACCAUGAAUUCUUCA